AUGUCUGUCCGAGUAGUCGCCAGGAUACGACCGCUCCUCAACUCGGAGCUGGACAAGGACACUAUUGUCUCUGCGGACAGCACCGAAGACGGCCGUCAUGCUACUCUCGUCAAGAUCCCAAACCCCAAGAAUGAAGCCGAGGAGUUCUCCUUCGCGUUCAACAGCGUCUACGACCAGGAGACGUCCCAAGAAGAGCUCUUCAACGCCGAAGGCACGCCCUCACCCUCCAGACCAUACCGCCAUGGAUACGCCAUCACAUUGCUAACUUCCCUGCUGCAGUCUCGCCUCACCUGA